UAUUUUUGUAUUAAUCUACAUUUUUUUCAGAUGGCAUAGUUGCAAUAAACAAACCAUAUGGCAUAUCUAUGCAUAAUAAGAACAAAGAUGGCGACUCAUCUAUAAAAAACUGUCACAAAAUUGUGAAUGCAGUUAAUUAUUCUAUACAUGAUGUUUUGCCAUAUCUUGCAAAGGAAUUAGAUGUACCAAGUUUGAUACCAUGCAUGGGAUCGGAAAAAUAUAUGACUGGUCUCUAUGUUUUUGGAAUAAAUGACGAUGCAUGCCAGCAAAUAGAGAAGGCAAGAAGACGAUUUCAAAUGGGCAAAUAUAGAAAAUAUUGGGCAAUCACAACCAGAGUACCAAACGAUAUCAAAGGAAAAUAUCGUUUGGGAAUGACCUUACAAAAAUCUUCAUUAGGAGCCAAAAAGCCUGUUAUCUUAACAAAAUGGUCUAUUAAUGCAGUAAAAAGGAAUGAAGUCCAAUUAUUAAAUAUAAAUUAUAAAAUUAUAUCCAAUUCGACACACAAUUUGAGUUCUCUAAUAGAAAUGGAAGCAUCUGUAAAAAGAUGGCAUUCUCUUAGAUUAUUUGCUUCUACUAUGCUAUAUAGCCCGAUUCUUGGAGAUAAUUAUCAUGGAUCGCGAGUUCAAGAAAUCAUGGGUACAUGGAUAAAAGUCAAUCCAUUUGCUGAAUCUUGUUGGGAUAUGCCAAAAAUAAAUCAACAACUGCUGCAGUUGCUGGAUAUAAAGCAAAGUCAGCAAGAAAUUAUUCCAACUCAUAUCCACUUGAGAAAUGUAUAUUUGACCUCUUUUGGCAAACAGAAAAAGGAUAUAGUACUAGAAGCACCUUUGAUACAUCCUUUUGAUUGGACUUGCAAACAACUUAUGUUUAAGCACAUACCCGAAUUAAACAAUGACGAUAUAGAAGAUGUGGUAAAAAUAGCUUCUGCGUAAUAUAUGAUGAAACUGAUAUAUAAUGUUAAUGAAUUUUGCCAAGUAUCAUAAUAAAAAGAAUUAUAAUUUGAAUUGA